AUGGACGAGACUCAAUAUACAGACAAUGCAUUGAAAAUCAUUACCAAUGCUACGAAUUUGUGCAAAGAAAACAGCAACACUCAGUUGGUGCCGUUGCACUUUCUUGCUGCGUUCAUCCCCAUGGAUGACACAGAGGGAACAACGUUGUAUCUCAAAACGUUGAUUCAAAAGGCAAGGUUUGAAUGGCCCAAUUUUGAGAGAUGUGUGAAUAGACAUUUGGUCAAAUUGCCCAGUCAAGACCCACCACCACAAGAGGUUCGACCAAGUUAUCAAGCAGGGAUUGUCUUGCAGAAUGCCAACAAAAUCAAGACUCAACAAAAGGACAACUACAUUGCCCAGGAUCACAUCCUUUUGGCGUUAUUGGAAGAUCAGAGCAUAAAGGACAUUUUCAAAGAAGCCGGGAUCAAAAUUGACUCCAUCAAGACGCAAGCAAUUGAAUUGAGAGGAAACCAGAGAAUCGACUCGAGGCAAGCCGAUGCUUCGAGCAGCUACGAGUUCUUGGCUAAAUACUGCUCAGACUUUACGGAAAAGGCCAGAGAAGGUAAGAUUGACCCCGUUAUUGGCAGAGAAGAGGAGAUUCGAAGAGUUAUUCGAGUCUUGGCAAGAAGGUCCAAGUCCAACGUUGUUUUGCUUGGAGACCCCGGUGUUGGUAAAACGAGUAUUGCCGAGGCUGUGGCUCAGAGAAUUGUUGAUAACGAUGUGCCCAAUUUGCUUGUUAAUGCAAGAUUAUUUGCCCUUGAUUUGGGUGCCUUGACAGCUGGCGCCAAGUACAAGGGUGAGUUUGAAGAACGGUUGAAAGGUGUCUUGGGAGAUAUUGAAAAAUCCAAGGAGUUUAUCAUCUUGUUUAUUGAUGAGAUGCACAUGUUGAUGGGUGAUGGUAAGUCAGAUGCUGCCAAUUUGUUGAAACCCAUGUUGGCCCGUGGUGAAUUGCACUGCAUUGGUGCCACCACGUUUGCCGAGUACCGUAAGUUUAUCUCCAAAGAUGGUGCUCUUGAAAGAAGAUUCCAAACUAUCCAAGUUCCAGCUGCCACUGUCAAGGAGACAAUUGCCAUCUUGCGAGGCUUGCAACCAAGAUACGAGAUUCAUCAUGGUGUUCGUAUUUUGGAUAGUGCUUUGGUUACCGCUGCUCAGCUUGCAGCUAGAUACUUGACCACGAGAGCCAUGCCCGAUUCGGCAGUUGACUUGGUGGAUGAAAGUGCUGCCACUGUCGCGGUUGCUAGAGACUCCAAGCCAGAAGAAUUGGACACUUUGGAAAGACAAUUGCACUUGGUCGAGGUGGAAAUAAAUGCCUUGGAAAGAGAUAAAGGUGCUGACUCGGCGGCUAAGGACCGGUUGAAGUCGGCCAGAAAGCAAAAGGAAAACCUUGAAGAACAGUUGGGUCCUUUGAAGGAGAGAUAUAACCAGGAGAGAGCAAGUUACGACUUGCUUACUCAGGCCAAGAAGAAGUUGGAUGAUUUAGAAAUCAAAGCGCAGGACGCCGAGAGAAGAUACGAUACAGCCACCGCGGCAGAUUUGAGGUAUUUUGCCAUCCCUGAUGUUGAAAAACAGAUUGAAGAGUUGGAAGUUAAAGUUGCCCAAGAGGAAGCCUCGGAUUUGGAAAGUUUAACCAAAAACGUUGUUGGGCCCGAGCAAAUUUGUGAAACCGCGGCAAGAUUAACUGGAAUCCCCGUUACCAAGUUGACUGCUGCCGAGAAUGAAAAAUUGGUUAACUUGGAGUCGGAAUUGGCCAGGGAAGUUGUUGGCCAAACUGCUGCAGUAAAAGCGGUUGCCAAUGCAAUUAGGUUGAGAAGAAGUGGUCUCUCAGAUCCAAACCAACCGCCUUCCUUCCUCUUUUUGGGCCAAAGUGGUACUGGUAAAACGCUUUUGGCCAAGAAACUUGCCGGGUUCUUGUUUGCCGAUGAGAAAGCCAUGACUAGAAUUGAUUGUUCCGAGUUGAGUGAAAAGCAUACUGUCUCGACUCUUCUUGGUGCAGCUCCAGGUUACAUUGGGUAUGAAGAAGGUGGUAAGUUAACUGAGGCCUUGAUUAGAAAGCCAUACUCGGUGGUGUUGUUUGAUGAAGUUGAAAAAGCCGCUCCAGAGGUGUUGACGAUUUUGUUGCAAAUUCUCGACGAUGGGUUUGUUCACGCUGCCAAUGGUACUAAAGUCAAUUGCUCCAAUGCCAUCUUUAUCAUGACUUCCAACUUGGGUGCUCAAUACAUUACCGAUGCCAAGGGCAGCAAAAUCGACGAUCAUACUAAAGAACUUGUUAUGAAUGCCGUCAAGGCCCACUUCAGACCAGAGUUUUUGAACCGUAUUACCAACAUUGUCAUUUUCAACAAGUUGACAAGAACCGGUAUCGCCAAGAUUGUCAAGAUUAGACUUAGAGAAGCUCAGGAUAGAUUUGCCGCUAAUGGAAGAGAUAUCAAGUUAUCAUUGGACGAUGCUGCCAUGGAGUACCUUUGCAAGAAUGGGUGGUCGCCCGAUUUGGGUGCCAGACCUUUGAAUAGACUUAUUCAACAGGAGAUUUUGAACAAAUUGGCAAUCUUGUUGCUAACGGGACAAAUCAAAGAUAAGGAAACGGCAAAAGUUGUACUUGGAAACAAAGGGUUGGAUGUUUUGCCUAACCAUGAAGCCGAUGAUAUCGAGAUGGAUGGUGGUGACGCAUGGGACGAUGACGAAGAUGAAGAUUUGGAUGCUUCGAAUCUUGAUUGA